AUGGUGCGGCCCUCCGCCUCCGUCUACACCUACCUCCCCGAGCCGCCUGGCUGGCGCGCCCACCCGCCCGGGCGGCUCCCCUCGGACGCGACCGACCCCUGCUGGUCGCUCGACCCCGCCCCGCCGGCGGAGGGCUCGCGGCCCCUCGCCAUCGUCGAGGUCGUCGACUACGACCUCUUUGUGCUGGGCACCUCCCGCGUGAUCGAGCUCGACCCCGUCGGCGUGCUCGCCGAGCGGCUGGGCGACGAGGCGGUUCAGCGGGUGCGGCGCGCGCUGCGAGAGUCGCGCACGUACCCCUCCUUGUCCGAUCUGAGCGACGCGCUCCUCUUGGCCAUCUUUGGCGAGCGCGGCCCGAGCGGCUGGCUGUUUGAGGCGAUUGUGUCGCCGCACGUGUACGCGACGCGCACGCUGUGGGACACGCGGCUGCUCGGCCGGAGGAAGCAGCUCAAGACGUACCGCGGCCGGGAGGUCGAGCUCGACACCUCGCCCGACCUCGCCUGCUGCAACAUGGACGUGCUGCACCCCGUCUCGCGCCCGCUGUCCGACGCCCGCAGGCACUGGACGGAGAGGCGGGACCCGAGCAGGCUCGCCGUCGGCCACAGACGGCGGGGCCACGGUGACCAGGCGGCGUCGAAGCCAGCUCGGCUCGGCGGCGACGCACAGCCCGAGCGCGACCGCGGCAGCGGCGCUCCGCCCUCCCGCGACGGCGCGAGUGGGAGCGGUCCGGGCGGGCGCGAGGGGGCGGGCAGCGGCGGGACGACCCGCCACUUCCGCCUCCAGCCCCAGCCGUCGGGCGAGCCCUUCCUCCUCGAGGAGGAUGCGGUGACCGCACUGCACAACGGCUUCCGCGACGCGUGGCUGGCGAUGGAGGCGGCGGGGCACGCCUCGCAGCGGGAGACCCUGCUCCGCGCCCUCUCGUGGUAUUGUGACGAGAAUGCUUGGCGGCCGCCCUUGGACUGCAUCCGCCAGCUCCUCCACUCGGGCGCGGUCAGCAAGGAGCAGGCGCUCGAGCUCGCGGCCGAGAUGCGGGCGCUGACGGGCGUGGGAGGCGAGGCCUACGCGAGCGACGGAGAGGAGCCGGCAGGCGCGCGCCCGUCUCCCCGCCGUGGGUGCGAGGAGGCGCUCGCCCCUGCUGACGACCGCGCCUCCCCCCCCCCCCCUACAGGAGCCGCGGCUGCGCCGCCUCCGGCACGCAACACGCUCGGGAGGGUACCCUUUGCGGCGGGCGACGUGGUGUGGCUGCGGUCGGAGCUAACCCCGCGGGCCAUGCUCGUCCUCGGCCACACCGCGUGGGAAGGCGGCGGCGCGAGGAGCUGGUUGCGGCUCAAGGCGCUGCCGACCGCCGAGGGCGGCUCCAACGGCGGCAGCUCCGCCGCCGGCGUGCUGCCUCGCCUCCCCGAGCCGGAGGAGCUGACGGCGGACGAGGCCGCGCCCGUCGAGUACGUGGCGUCGUUUGACCAGCUGCGCGACGUGGGGCUGGGCCCAGUGUUGCCGGCGCCGGGCGGUGCCGACGAGGGCGGUGCAGGACCCGUCGAGCCGGAGCAGCCCCUCGUGCCGCCGCGGCGAAACAACGUCGAACUAAUGAGGAAGGCGUGGGAGGCGAAGGGAGGGGCAGAUGCGGAGGAUUGCCGCCGCCAGGAAGCGGCGGCGCGGGGAGACGAGGCCCGCAUGGAGCAGCCGGCGGCGAGCGCGGGCGGCGAGGCCGGGUGCAUCCCGCACGGCGUGGUGCUGCACAGCGGGUGCGCGGCAGGCAGCGGCGGCUCGUUCGUUACCGCCCCGACAGCAGCGACGGUCGGCAGCGCCGGGUCGGGAUCCAAGCGCAAUUGGGUUGCGGACGCCAACAGCGUCGGUUCAGAGAUUGCGCGGCACCACCGCGCGGAGCGCAGGCAGCGCGAGGCUGCUGCGCCGGGGGCGGUGGUGGUGCCGGCGUCGCAUCGGGCCGCGGUGCUGGAGGGCCUCCGCCGCGUGCUUGGAAAGGAGGGCGGCGACCCGGAGGAGUGGUGGGAGAGGAAUGGAACAGGAGGGCCGUUCCCUUUUGAGGUGGAGCUGGCGGGGCCUCUAUGA